UGUCAUGGCAACUGUACAGCAUGUGCUGACAAAAACAAGCGCUUGACCGUUCACCGACAGUUCUCUCGACAUUCGACAUCUACGACGCCAUCUUCUUCUUCUUCUUCUUCUUCUUCUUCUUCUUCUUCUACUUCUUCUUCUUGCAUUAAUCAGAGACGAAGAAGGCAGGCGAUAGUCGGUCAAAAAACAAAGAGAAGGGAAGCCCUAAAAGAGCGAGCGAUGAGCGGAGCGAAAGCCCGCAGCGACGCGCCUGUUGCUGAAAAUGUCUCCAGCGGCGGACACAGCACUGCGGCUCCUCAGCGUAAGCCCGGCGGAGGGGUUCUGAAGAGGCUCAAGUCCCGGAGGAGUCAGGUGGACAGCAGGCCCGUCACGGAGGAAGACCUGCGGACACAGAGUGGGAACAUCACGCCGGAGGAUGUGUUAGGACUGCGGGUAGCUACGAGAGGGUACCUCUGUAAACCUGAGGAAAAUAUUUACAACAUCGACUUUGUACGCUUUAAGAUCAGAGACCUGGAGACCGGCACUGUCCUGUUUGAAAUUGCCAAGCCCCCACAUGCAGACGAUGAUGAGGAAAACAGAGAAGCAGACACCAGCGCAGGCCGGUUUGUACGCUACCAGUUCACCCCAGCUUUCCUGCGCCUGAGAACUGUGGGAGCUACGGUGGAAUUCACAGUUGGAAACAGGCCUUUAAACAACUUCCGCAUGAUCGAGAGACACUACUUCCGCGAUCACCUGCUGAAGAGCUUCGACUUCGACUUUGGUUUCUGCAUCCCAAACAGUCGGAACACCUGUGAGCACAUCUAUGAGUUUCCUCAGCUGUCCGAGAGCCUGGUCCGUCAGAUGGUGGAGUGUCCUUAUGAGACCCGGUCAGACAGCUUCUAUUUUGUGGAGAACAGACUGGUCAUGCACAACAAGGCAGACUAUGCUUAUAACGGAGGACAGUGAUAUCUGCCAACCAGAAAGCAUGCAAACACACACAAAAAAACACAUGCACAAACAUGUACUCACACUUAUAGAUACACACAUACAUGCAUAUCUGAACAUACAUGCAGUUCAGUCACUCUCAUGGACACAAGCUGCAGCAAACACAGUUCAGUGUACUCCCUUAUCAGGGGGUGUAUUUGAUAUUAGAGGAGGACUGCUCUGCUUUACUAACAGGACACUACAGUAAGCAAAAGGGUUAAAAAAAAAAAGGGGUGAAUUCAUCUUCUUUUAAUUAUGAACAGAUGUGUUUAAUACCAAAAGAGGAUUCCUCUCUCUAGUGGCCAUGUGACGUGUGUCUCAAACAGACCAAAUGGUUAUUAGAGAGUCCCUCUUGGCAAUUUUAAAAGUGUCCUACCACCCCCUCAACGCACAUCCACAUAGACACACACUCAAACACACUCAAUCCCCAAGUGACACACAUAGUGUUUAUGCAGUGUGUGUCAGAAGCAGCUGUUCUCAGAGCUGCCGCCUCCACAAUCCACUCCAGACAAUAUCGGGGGAGAAAGGGAGAAACCAUCCACAAAAACACUCCUGUCAAACACACAUGGUCACUCCAGCACCCCCCCUUCCCAUCUCCCCCUCCUCUCUGGCUUUCAUACAAACACACUUAAACAUAUAAACAGAAAGAACUGUAUAAGAGUUUGAUCAAAGGUUUUUAAGUUUUUUUUU